AUGCUCCGGACGGAGCAGUAUCAGUACCAGCCGCUGCCAACACGCACUUCCAUCCGUCUGCUUCGCAUCAGCUCCCGCGAUAAGUUCAACCAGCUGGAAUGCACGCUACGGACGGUCGACCUGGACGAUGCGCCGUCCUUCCAUGCCUUAUCGUAUACGUGGGGAAACCCGCAUGCGAGAGCCCGCGACGGCCACCGGUUCACGCAGCAUUACAAUGCCCUGGAUGCAGAGUACCUGUUCCCCAGUGCGGGUGUGCCAGUCAAGUGUGACGGGAAGAGACUGCUGGUCAGCCGCAACCUGUACGAUGCCCUGCGAGACGUGCCGGAAGAUGCGUGGAAGACGUUUAUCAACCGCCGCAACGAUAGCAAGGGCUGGACGAGGCUGCAUACGCACUCGAUCAAUGGAGACGCUAGGAGGGUUAGGUCCCUGAUUGCAUCGGGUGCUGACCUCAAUACAAGGGACCGUGAAGGGAUGACUGCGUUGGUCUGGGCGGUGCGGCUGCGCAGGGGUGAGGUGGUGAGGCUGCUGGUUGAGGCCGGAGCGAAACUUGAUGUUCAGGAUUAUGAACGCAGGACGGCGCUGGAUUACGCGCGAGAGAUCGCUGAUGAGGAGAUCCUUGGCUAUUUGACUGCUGAGAGCGCCCCGGAUGGCUGCCAGCAGCCUGAGGAAGGGCAGGGCGGUGGACCGGAGGUCUGGCUGUGGGUUGACCAGGUCUGUAUCAACCAGACAGACCCGGAAGAACGCUCUUCACAGGUAGACCUCAUGCAUAGGAUAUACCAUCAGGCCGCCUUUACACUUCUAUGGCUGGGAAGAGAGGACGGAUACACGAAGCGAGCGGCCCAUUUGAUACCCAGGUUUGCCAGGGCCGGCAACCAGUUUAUUGAAAGUACCAUUUUACCGUAUACUCAGAACAGCCAGGAACUUCAUAAGAAUGAAGGCAUACCGUACGUCUCUGAAGGAGAAUGGGACGCCCUGGCAGCUUUGUUCCAGAGACAGUACUUCAGGCGUCUCUGGAUAGUGCAGGAAAUCAUCCUGUCCGGCAUUGUGGUGGCAUACUGCGGCGGAGUCGAGAUCCCCUGGAGACUGUUCUGUAUCACCGCAGAGAUGCUGCACUACCGUCAACUAAAGAUGGGUACUGAAGUGUCUGCAAAGUACGUCCCUCUUGGUGAAGGGGGCCGCGGCAUCGAGCAGCCCCUUGUCCAGCUGCUUCAGUGGCAGGAUAGGUUUGGUUCAAACCCUCCCGCAGAUAAACCGAGAGUGGUCUCAUUGGAGAAUCUAGUCUUUGAUACAUGGCAUUUCCUUGCAACGGACCCGAGGGACAAGAUCUAUGGGGUAUACGGUUUGCUGAACAAAAAGGCUCAGGUAGAUGGGCAGUCCGGAGAUGUAGAAAAGCUUCUAUGGCGGGCAGACUAUACGAAACCCGUUGAGCAGGUAUAUGCAGAGGCCACGAAGCAAAUUAUGCUCGAUGCUGGUGAGCUUCGAAUCCUCUCUGCAGUGCUUGAUCACUCCUGGCGUAAGAUUGAAUCUCUUCCAUCAUGGACGCCAGACUACAGCGUGACAUGGACGAAUAUGAUGACUGCUCAUUCAAAUGCAGCGGGUAGCUUGCCAGUUCCCAGUCCCCUAAUAGAAGAAUCAGGCCAUUGGGGAACCUUGACCAUCCACGGGCUUCAUAUAGAUACUGUUUUGGCUAUUGGGACCACAACCUCGGGCCCCGGGGACUUGAAGCGCUUCUUUGACCCAUCAUGGCUGGAAAUAACACUUCUUAUACCAUCAUCAUACCACAAGACCGGCCACCAGCGAUCAGAAGUCCUCUGGAGAACCCUCUGCGCUAACAAGGGGCCUGACGGGCGGCAACCAGCCCCCCAGUCGUUCAGCUUAGAAUUCAGCGAGAUGAUAAGCACGAUGCUAAUUAGGGAAGCAUGGGUCGAGGAAAGCAAAGCUGGUGCAAAUCCCGAGCUGAAUUUUGCCCCUAACCUCGUACAUGGUAUUGGACGAGUUCUCGACAUGUUCUCUGACCCACCGUUGGCUGGGUUAUCGAAGGCGGAUCUAGAAUGCGAAUUUAGUGAACCCUCUAGAAACUUCAGUUCCCAGGCUACCCAGAUGCUAGUAUAUACCCUCUUGAAAGCUCAUGUGCUUACACUGACGGAGCCCGAGGAAAGCUGUUGCAUCCCACCUAUCAAUAUACUCCUUGACUUGGAGCAGAAGCUGGCGGCUAAAAACGAGGAUCCAUCUGUUGGGCUUUUAGAAUUGCUUCGCCAGGGGGGGACAUUGGUACGGACCUUGCAGAGUACGGUGGGCAGAAGGAGGCUCUUUGCGACCAAGAAUCGGUACCUUGGCCUGGGACCGGCCGGAAUGCAAGCGGAUGAUGAGAUAUGGGUUUUCCCUAGCGCAGGGGCGGCCUUUGUGCUGAGAAAAAUAGUAGAAGAAGCUGACGGUGGAUGUUCUAGGUACAAAUUCAUCGGGGAGUCAUAUAUACACGGCGUAAUGGAUGGUGAAGCAGCUGCAGGGAAGGAAGAUGAAAUGAAACGGAUCUCGUUGAUAUAG